AUGAAUCAAUAUAAUGGAAGACUUUAAUCAAUAUAAGAGUCUGAUUAGGAAUACUAGGACCAUCAAAGCGUAUAAAAUAGGUUAAGUAUCAGUAAUUAAUGCUCUUACAAUUUUGAGAACUCUUCAAUUAGCAAAAUUCUAAUGAGCAAGAAUUUAAAUAGUAUUCAGUUACCGUCUUCUUUGUAUUUGAAAAACUAAUAGCAAGACAAUCAAGCUCUUUACAAAUAUAAUAGUAAGCCUUAAUUGCAAUAGUCAUAAGCAGUUAUUGCUUCUUAGCAUUAGAUUACACCGUAUCUUCAAACUUAGUCUUAAAAAUACACACUGCCAAAUACUAUUGAAGAUCUUUUAACAGUCUAAAAUGGAGGUACCUCUAAACAUUUUUUUGAUGAGAAUUCUAUAGAUUUGAGCUUUAUUAAUUUUCUCAACAAAGAUGACCAUUAGAAUGCUCAAUAAAUAUCUUCUAAUAUUAGCAAGGCUGCUUAUACUAAUAGGUAACUACCAAACUAUGCUUCUGUUUUUUAAAGCAACGGCUAAUUAAGUAGCAUCUAGAAUUUGAAUACUAGCAAUAACUUAACAUAGUACCCAUCAGCUAUUUUAGGCUCAGGAGGAGUUAAAGCAAGUCAGCAAGUAUAAGAGAAAUACUAGCAAGGACUUUAAAACAUUAAUGACUUAGUUUAACUUUUGACAAGUCCUUCCUAUACACCGGAUAGAGUUGCUUAGACUAAGCAAUAAGAAAACACUAUUGUUAGUUAAAACAAUCAAAAUUCAUAACCAAAACCAAUAAGUUAACAAUAUGAUGAGAUUAUGCUUAAAUACCAAAGUGUUUUAUAAAAUAGCUAGAGUGAUAAGAUUAAUGAAAAUUAUUAAGAUAAUUAGCGUUCACCUUUCAAUAACUAAAAUGAAUCUAUUAAAAUAAAUGAUGUUAGUGAGUGUUUGUACCCAAUUUCAGAUAGCUACUCAAAUAGCAAUAUAGGGCCUUUCAAUCCACAGCAAGAUCCAAAUAAUCUUGGAUAAAAAGCUAAUCACAGAAGAUUGAGCUCUUUAGAUUAUUAAUAGGGUAGCAACGAAAACAACUAGAAUAGAAUAGUUGACAGAAAACGCUUGAGUCCAUCCUCUAGAUAAUUUACAUUUGAAUAAAAUAAUGAUAUGAGAAGUAGCAGUUUAUCUUUAAAUAGAUUCAAUAAUUAAUCAAUCAAUACAAAUUAAAUCAAUGAAAAUUAGAUAUUUUCAAAUAAUUAAUAGUUAAAUGCAAAUUCACUUAAUAGUAAUAAUAAUAAUAACGUUAACUCAUAAAUAGCACAAAACAGUAAUAAUUAUUAUGAAGAAGCUACAAAAAAAGCUCAAAAUCAAAAGCAAUAACAAUAACAAUAAAAUCCUCUUAAUUCUGUUAAUUUAAAUGAUGUAUAAUAAAAUUAUGUAAAUAGUUAUUAGAAUUAAAUAGCCUAACAAGGAACAACAAACACAAAUAGCAAUAUGCCUUAUAUGAGCUAGAAUUAAUCUGUAAAUAAUAAAAUUGAUUAUUCUAAUUCUUAAGCUGUAUAAGGUAACGCUGCUCCUUCUCUUAAAUCUCAAUAAUAUGAGCAAAUAUUGUAAAAAUAUUUGCCUAAGGGAUAUGCAACAUAAAAUUCUACUUAGUAAAAUAUUUAUAGUUCCUAAAAUAGCUAGAAUAAUUCAGCUUCAAGCAGUAUGAUUGCUAAUGGAGGAAUGAAUAAUGAUGCCAAGGGCUUAAGAGAUAGAAGCAAUUCUAUAAAUAAGCUUGCCACUGCUAGAGAGUUAUUAGAGAAUUUCUCUGCAACUAAGAAGAAUAACAGUAAUUAAAAUUCGCCCUAACCUCGACAACCUCUUGGAAUAAUUUAAAACAACCUUGCCAACAGCUUAGCUUCAGAAAAGUUUAAUACUUUAAGCAGUGCAUAGAAAAUGAAAGAGAGUAAUUUCUUUUUAUAAAACAACACCUUGAAGGAGAGCAAUGUAUUUUAAUAAAACCAAAUGAAAGAUAGUAAUGGGUUUUAAAAUUUGUAAUAAUUUAAAGAUUCAAAAGGAUUUCAAAACUAAUCAAACUAUUAAAAUACAUAUAAUAGCAAGAGUUUAACACUGACUUAAUAGUAGAUGACACAAUAAAAUACCUUGCAAGAUGAUGUUAGUGGAAUUCCAUUGUAUAAGCCACUGUACAACACAACUUUGACAAAUGAAAUUAAUCCUUUACAUAAUUAAAAUUACAACAAUAUUAUCUCGAACUUACCAGAUUUAAAAGUUCAACCCUAUUUCUAAAACUAACAAAUUUCAGUAAAUGAAAACAUUUCAUAACUUCAAAAUAAAAGAGCUUCAUUUGAUUACAAAUAACCUAUUUCAUAGUCACAAUAACCUCAAACUAAUUAAGGAGUAUAGAAAACUACAAGCGAUUACACUAAUUAAGCAAAGUAUAACUUAUAAUAUUCGGUCUCCCCAUUUAUUGUCUAAGAUGCUAACAAAAAUAAUUAAAUUGAGUAAAAUAAUCUAUAAACAUAGAUCUCAUACAAUAAAAAUAUAGAUAAUAUCUCUGCUACUCCUAUUUUAAAUGCAUAAGAAUAAUUUGUUCGUACUAAUAACCAUAUGAAAUCUGUUAAUGAAGUUUUACCCCAACAAAUUACUUUACCUAAUAACAGUAAUCAAGUGACUAGAAGAUAAAGUAUUUAAAGUGAGAGCAGGUUUACAAGUUAAUAGUAUGACCUAAGUUCUUAAAGAAAAAAUAGUAUUGAUAAACCAGUUAUUUUGGAUGCUAAGUCUUUACUUUUAUAAAAAGAAUAAGAGAUAAAAAUGCAAACUACUUAGCAAUAAAAUGGUUUUUAUAAUUUGUAAUCGCAAUAACAGCAACCACUUUAAUAAUUAUCUCAAUAACCAUAUUAGUAAUAAACAGUAUAGCCAUUAUUAUAAUAGCCUCUUCUUUAGCCUAUUUAAUAAUAGCAGCAAUAUGUAUAGCAGUCAUAAUAUUCAUAAUCGUUUUAUAACUAAUAGUAGCAAUAGUCUUUGUAAAGCUAACCAAAUAGUUCAAUUUAAUAACAACCAAAUUUACUAUCAGCUUUACCUUAGCCCUAGGUUUAAUAUAAUUAAUAACUCUAAUAGCAGAACUAGCCAUUUACUAAUCAAAAUUAACUUCUAAUACAACCAUAGAAUCUCUAACAAUAAUAACCUUAAGUUUUCUAAUAAUAAUAAAUGAUACAAUAAUAAGGAAUUUCUGUUUAGCAAAAUAACCCUUAAGCUUUUUAUUAACAAUAAAUAUUAUAACCAUAAGGAGUUAUACAGCAAUAAUAAGCGGUACCUCAUUCUAUGUAUUAAGAUAAUUAAUACUAAAAUUAUUAAACCAUAAAUUAACAAAACUAACCUUAACAUUCACAUUAACCUUUUGAUGCAAAACUAACUCAUGUAGAUUAUGUUUUUAAUACAUAACAAAGCUCUUAAAAACCAACAUAAUAUUAACGUAGCAAUUCUUUUUAGAGUCAGUAGUAAAGUAGUGCAACUUAAUCCAAUAAAUUCUAAAGCUAGCCUUUUGAUAAACUAACCAUUAAUACUUAGUUCAAUAAGGAAAUAGUAAUUCCAAGCACUAUUUCACCAAUCAGCACUCCUACUAACGGAAGAAAUAAACAAAAUAAUGUUGAUAAAGAGUUUGAACUGGAAUUCAAGGAUUUUGUUCUUGAUUUACAAACUUAGUAACAAACCCAUUAAGAUCAAGGAGAAAAGAGAACCCUUAAACCUUCUCAUUCACAGCCAUUCCUCACUAACGCUUUCUUUUCUGCUUAAAAAGAAUAAGUUUCUAACAAUCUAAAUAACAACGAUUACAUGGUAAAGUCUCAAUAAAAACCUAAAAGAAAAAUAUUUGAGGAGCAUUUUAAAAAUCAAAAUAAUCACAAGACUCUAAAGAUGAAUGGUCAAAUGCUUAAAAAUGUUUUGGGGCUUACUAAAGCUUAAAAUAGGAAUAGUAAUAAUUUAAGCGAUAAUUAAUAUAGUUUAAGAGCCAAUACAGAGAAUAAUCUUAGUGGAAACACUUAAGAAGCCUAGUAUGCUAAAGAUAUGGCUUCAAAUAAUAACCCUAAUAUAAAUUUCAGUAGAUAAACAAUGCAUAAUAUUCUCAAUCCUUAUAGAUAACCAAGCUAAACAAGUUAUCUUCCACCAAAACCUAAAUACAUAGUCCCACCAAAAGAAGAAUCUCCAAUAAAGAACUAUUAUAAUAAUGCUUCAAUUCAAAAUUAAAAUUAAGAGCCAGAAAAAUUAAGAACAUCUUAAAAUUUGGACUCAAAAGAUCAAUAUAGUAGUAGUAAAAUGCAAGAAUUUAACAUAUUUAGUAACAAAUAAUCAAUAGCAACAACCUCUGCUUUUAGAUUUACUAAUAAAAAUGAAGGAACGAACUAUAGACCAUCAGAGACUCCAAACUAAUUUGAUAAGUCUUAUCAAACUGGAACUCUUUAGACUUCAUUUAAAUAAAAAGAAGAAGCCAAAGAUAUGAUCAGGACAAUAAAAAGUGAUGAAUAGUUAGAAGAAAAUGUCAAAAGAGCACAAUUCUCUAGGAGUAAAAGUACAGCUAAAAUAUUUGCAAAUUAAAAUGAAGACAAUAAAAAUGUCUCAUAAGGUGUGCAAAUAACGUUCUAAAAUCCGUUGGCUGCUUAAAAUUCUAAUAAUGCAGUUGAUAUUGAUAGAAAUUCUGAAUUUAAAAAAUAGAGUGCAGCUAGCAUUUAUAAACCUCAACAAACAUAAUAUAAUUUUAUGUACCCAUAGAUUACUGAUAAGGAUAGAAAAAUGUUAUAAAUGGCUGAGUAAAAAAUGUAGAAUUAAAAUCAGGAUUAAUCUGUUUUAGGUAUCCCAAUUUUAUGUAUAAAUUGUGAUAAUUACUAUGAAUAAAAAGAAAUCGAGAAUCAUAUCUGUAUUCCUAAAGAAUCAAAUUAACCUAAAUAAGAAGUGAAAUAAGAAUUAGCUAAUCCAUAUUCUUAAAAAAGCACUCCCGAACAGUAAUUCUCAGUAGAAAAUAGCCUAGUUAAUGAUAAAAUAAAGGUAAUUUAUGAUAAAAUAAGUGAGCAACCAUAAUCUAAUGAAUAGGAUUAAAUAAAAUAACUAAUUGAGCGUAUUCUUAAAUUAAAUUUAAAUUCAGAAGGUCUAACAAAAGAGUGCCGCACAUUAUCUCAUCUAAAUAAAACCGUAGAAAAUAUAAAAUCAAGAGCUGGUCUCUCACUAUUAAUUCUUUCUUAGAGAGCAGAAGUGUUGCUUAAAGAUAAAAUUGAUAUUUAUAGAAGAAAAGAAGGAUUGAGUAAAAAUUAGAACGCUAGUAACGUAUUUAAUAUUAACCAUAUAAAUCAAAUGAAUGUAUUAGAAUUUAAUAAAUCAAGCUAUAGCUCCUCUAGAGCUAAUGCUUUUGUUAGUAACUAAAAUAUAGAAAGCUAAAAGGCAAACAAAAAUGAAGAGCUGCCCACUGAAUAUGAUGUUACAGAAAUAAAUUUCACUUAAAACAAUAAAACAGACAGAAUAGAAAGUAACAGAAAUACUGCAAAUAAUAAUUACGAAAAAGUGAAUAGCGCAAACGCUGUACCAACUAACAAUUCACCACGAAUUAGUUUAAAUAUCAAUUAAAAUUAAGUAAGCAUAUAAAAAAAUAGAAUCUUUUCUCCACCUGUGACAAAGAUUUUUAACCACAGCAUAAACAGCAAUUUUGGGGAACCUUAAAAUAAAAUUUAAAAUUAUAAUGAGAAAAUAGAAAUAGAAUCUACCACAAACUAUUCAAAGAAGAAACAAGGUAUUAAUAGUAACUAAAAUGAUGAUGCUUAAAGCUAAUAUAAUUCUUCUCAAAUGAGCAUCGAAAGCAAAGAUUUGCUAAAAAAAUACUAGUAGUCAUCUAGCUUAAUUAAAUUUAAUGAAUCUAGUGUGUAGAGCUAGUAAAAGAGAUAAUUUUAUAAUAUAGCCCUUAAUCUUAAGCUCAAGUUACCAGCUAAUCACCCUGCUAGAGAUUGCGUUAUAUCAGAAAUGUUUACAUAAGCAGAAAAAUAAAAUGUACCUGAAAAUAAUUAUCAAAAAUAUAUAGAAAACUACUUCAAAUAGUUUAAAAAUUGA